ACGAAAUGUCUACCAGUUGAUCCUGCUGCUCAAUAUGGUCCGAAUCUGCGAAAUAUUUGCAAAAUAAAGUGCAGCGUAAUUUCCGGUUUACAAAGGUGAAAGUAAAUAUUGACAAAAUCGCCGUGUAAUAAAACUGACAGCAAGAUGAAUCAGGCAAAAGUAGACAUCCAGAACAUUCCAAUCGACAUCCACGCUAAUAAGCUCUGCGACUGGUUGAUAAGUAGACACCACUGUACGAAAGAUUGGCCGGAAAAAAUUGCCUUAGUGCGUCAAAAGAUUAAUGCAGCGAUUAAGGAUAUGCCAGAGAAUGCUACGAUUGGUAAAAUAUUGGUGGGUGCUAAUCCACUCAAUUACUUUCACUGCGUCAAAAUUGUUGCUGUUUUAAAAGAAACAGAGGCCGACACAAAAAACAUAUUUGGAAUGUACGGAUCGCAACGGAUGAAAGAUUGGCAAGAUAUUUUGAAAUCGUAUCAAAAGGAUAACUUGUACAUGAGUGAGGGAGCAUCCAUUCUAUCGAGGAAUGUUACAUAUGAAAUCCCUGCGCUGAAGCGGAUAGUUACAAAGGGGGACCAGUUACAGGUCGAGUGUCAAAAGAAGGACGCGUCUUGUCGUAAACAGGCGCAAGAAUAUAGGGAAAAGUUUGUCCAUACUUGCACCCAGUUGGGGUUGCAUUUUGAAAAUUUCGAUGCCAAGAAUCCAAAACAGAGAAAACCUCCUUCUGCAGCCUUUGUAGGAAAUCAGUUGGUGAAGUUGAUGAAUGACGAAUUGCCAGAUAUUUUCAAAAGAAUAACAAAAAAAUCCGAGGAUUUGAAAGGUGCAGCCAACUUUUAUAUUCGAUUUCUUAAAUCUACAAUUGGUCUGAGUCCCGAGCAAGAGAAGGAUUGCUGCUCCAUACUUCGAACGGUUGUGGAAAAAGGAAAUGUCACAACGUACGAGUUCAAGCACGGAGAACAACCUCUGAAAAUAGAAUAUCCUUCAGUCAACUUUGUCUUUGACGAAGUAGAUGAUGAUGGCGAGGCAGGUGCGCAGUUAGAUUUGGACUUGGAUGGGGGAGCUAUCGAUUUCGACGGGUUGGACUUAUCUGUAGGGGGCGAAGAGUUAGAAACUGGUGAAAUCGACUGGGGUGGCAUUACCACGGAGGACGACGCUGGUUCAACUGACCAAAUAGAUUUUUCUAUCGACUUGGUUGAAACGGCAGGGAUAGUUUUAGAGGAGGAUGGACUCGAAGGUGGUACUGCACGAGGUGAGGAUGCCUUGUCAAUUCUGGAGAAUCCAGAAACUAGAAAUUUCUUCAUUGAUGAAUUAGUAGAGAUAGAAGGCUUCCUGGGGCAAAGGUUGGAAGAAAUCAGGAACGAAAAUCCAAACGAGGUCAUGCUAAGUGCACAACGAGAGUCUAUGAGUGCUGAAGAAGUUGGGAAGUAUCUGACCCACACGACCCAAGUUUUGGCAAUGUUUAAUGAAACGAAAAUAAAGCAGUUGCUCCUUGUUCGUGAAUCUAAAAGGUACAUUGUUCGACUUUCUGACUCUUUGUUACAAAACUUGACCCUUGCGACAAAGUUAGACUACGCUGCUGAAGCUGCACUUACAAAGUGUGCUCAACUCGCUACAGAGGUUGAGCAAGUGAAACCCAAAAUUCAAAGUUUGACAAAGCAGACAAGAGAGCUGCAAAAUGAACUGGCCAAAGAAAUUUCCCUCAAGUAUAACAAUCGGCAAGUUUAUAUAACGGGAGGUGUUUAAACAUUUAAUAAGUCUUCCUAGCGGUAACAUGUAAAUAAUGUACGUAUGCAUAAGACGCAAAGAUAUUAAUGAUGAUUCAUAGGUUAAUAAGUUGACUCCAAUUUUUCAUGCCUUUCUAUUAUGAUCCAACAAUCAAAUUCUAUUUUACUAAAGCCAAAUCUAUUUUCUUGUAAAUCAAAUCACGGUGCUUGUAAGUAUGUAGAUGGUUUAAAUUAAUUCCCAACAAUUGAUAUAAGUAUGUCCAAUAAAUGGUCACAAUAAUAUUUAUUAAA